AUGGACAACAACGCGCCGGAGAGCCACAAGUUUCUGCCGUUGCUGGCAUGGACCAUGUACGACCGUGGUGAGCUCUUGGAUCUCAUCAAGGAGUGUCAUUAUCCUGUGGCUGCGGCGGAUGAGGAGCAGUGGAAGGAGACGGCGGAGAGGAUGUGCAAGGUGGCAUUCCUGUGCGUGCAGGAGAAGGCGGAGGCGAGGCCGACGAUGAGCAUGGCGGUGAAUAUGUUGGAAGGGCAUUUGGAAAUUCCUAUUCCGGUGUAUCCCUUCGGUUGGAUGUACCCUCAAUAG